UAAUGUUAAGAUUUUUAAAUAAGCUCCUGAAUUUUAAAGCUAUUAACAAAACCCAAACGCGGCUCCAGGGAAGGGAAACUAAUGUGUUUAUAAAUGGCAAAUCAAUAACAGUGCCAAGUUACUAUACUGUCAUUCAAGCUUUGAGAGGGGAAGGUGUAACAAUACCUUCUUUCUGUUAUCAUGAAAGAUUGUCCAUAGCAGGAAAUUGUAGGAUGUGCCUCGUACAGAUAGAAGGGAUGUGGAAACCGCAGAUUGCUUGCGCUUUACCAGUUGCCAAGGGCAUGAAAAUCCGAACGAACUCAGAUGUCACUUUGAAAGCCCAGGAAAGUGUUUUGGAAUUUAUUCUAGCUGACCAUCCACUAGAUUGCCCGAUUUGCGAUCAGGGUGGUGAAUGUGAUUUACAAGAUCUUUCAAUGAGAUUCGGUAAUGAUCGCACUCGAUUUACAGAUAUACAUUUCCAAGGUAAAAGGGCUUCAGAGAGUAAAAAUCUUGGACCAUUUAUCAGAACAGAGAUGACUAGAUGCAUACAUUGUACGCGGUGCAUUCGAUUUGCUUCACAAGUUUGUGGCAUGGAUGUUCUAGGCAGUACUGGGCGAGGCGGAGAAAUGCUAGUAGGUACCUACAUAGAUAAGUUCUUCCUCUCCGAGCUAUCAGGGAACAUUAUAGAUUUAUGUCCAGUUGGAGCUCUUACUAACAAACCUUACAUGUUCAAAGCUAGACCCUGGGAGCUUAAAAUAACUGAUUCCAUAGACUGCACCGAUGCAACAGGAACUAAUAUUGUUUUAAAUCACAGAUUCAAUAAACUAUUGCGUAUCCUGCCUCGUGAAAAUGAUGAAAUUAAUGAGGAAUGGCUCUCUGAUAAGGGCCGAUGGGCGUUUGACGCGCUCGAAGUUCAAAGACUAGUGACUCCGAUGACCAGAUACGAAGAUAAGUUAUGUCCUAUAGAAUGGCAUUCUGCAUUAGAUAGAGCUGCUAAGAUACUCAGGUGUUCUUGUCCUCCAAAAUUAAUGGCAAUAGCUGGACCACAUUGCAACGCUGAAACACUGGUAGCUACAAAAGAUUUGAUAAAUAUACUUGGUAGCGAUCACGUUUACGUCGAACGAGGUCUGUCUUACUCCGACACGGGUAUUGAUAUCAGGGCUGCAUAUUCCCUCAACGUCAACAUGAAAGAUGUUGAAAUAGCCGAUAAAAUUUUACUUAUUGGUACAAACCCUCGAUUUGAAGCCCCGAUAUUAAAUGCGCGUAUCAGAAAAGCUUAUACACAUAACGAAUGCGAUAUUUACGCUAUCGGGCCCAAUUGUCAAUAUAAUUAUCACGUUGAAUAUAUUAAAGACCUAACAGCUGCUGCAAAAUGCAUGCAAGAUGCGAAACGGCCUUUAAUAUUCGUUGGAAUUGACCAAUUACAAUCUGCAAACGCUGUUGGUAUAAUGAAUGAGGCGUAUAAAUUAGCAAGUAGUCUAAAUAAGAAACAAAAAGAUUGGAUAGUGGUUAACGUUGUGACUAGAGAAGCGAGUUUUGCUGCAGCUUUAGAAGCUGGUUGGAAACCGGGAGCCUUAGACGCUUUGAGGUCGAGUAGUCCACAUGUUGUUAUAUCUUUGGGAGCUGAUGAAAUCUUUUACAAAUGGAAACCACCGAAAGAGUGUACUGUUAUUUAUAUUGGAUUUCAGGGUGACAAAGGAGCCGAAGUCGCUUCAUUAAUCUUGCCUGGUAGCGCGUACACUGAAUCUGGUGGUACAUUCCUGAAUAUGGAAUGUCGUAGCCAAUAUGCUUACCCAGCCAUCACACCACCAGGCAAAGCUCGUUUCGAUUGGAAGAUUAUUAGAGCGAUUGCAGAGUAUGCUAAAAUAUGCUUAUUUUAUAGCGAUACAGAUUCGAUUUGUUUAAGAAUGUCCCAGAUCAGUCCGAAUUUCGUUUACUUGGGUAAUUAUCAAGAGAAGCUGUUCUCGGAUAAUAUUCGUAAGCUGAUAAAGAAAGAUAACUAUGGAGUGAAGACCUUGAAUAUUCAGAUGAAAAAUCUGAAAGAUUAUUAUUGUUCAGAUAUUUUAACCUCGAACUCUCCGAUAAUGAUCAAAGCGCAAAAGGCUGUGGACAAAUUGGAGAGUUCCGCUUAUGCGAUUAUAUAA